CUUAGUCCUGUACCUAUAUAUAUUUACAUAUGGUGCUGGACUUCCUUCUAAAUUAUGAGUAUACACAGAUCUUGAAACUAUGUUAAGGCUUCUAGUCUUUCUUAAUCAAUUCUCAGUUCUAUUUGUUGAAUCCUACAACUUUUCUUUUCCUUCAUUUGAUGUUGAAAGUUGCAGCAAUGGCAGAAACUUAACAUGCUGGGGAUCUGUCACUGCUGCUAAUGAAACUCUUAACCUCACACCUGAUCAGCCACAGAACAAUUCCAACAAAGUUGGAAGAGUCUUGUUCAGUCAGUCCAUACCUAUGUGGCCUGCCUCUUUUUCCACCAUUUUCGCUAUAAGGAUUUUGACAAAUCAAUCCAUUUCUGGUGAUGGAAUGGCAUUCCUCAUUGCACAAGACGAUAAGCCUUCCCCACCGCAUAGUUAUGGCUCGUUUAUAGGAAUUCUUGAUCCAUCAACUCAAAGGUGCGCGCUUCAUCAGCUGGCUGUGGAGUUUGAUACAUAUAGAAAUGAACGCGAAAUUGAUGGAAACCAUGUUGCUAUUGUGACUACGAAUAUGGAGAGUCCUGUGGCAGUUAAAAGUUUAAAUGAUAUUGGGAUUGAUCUAAGGAGUGGAAGAAAUAUAACAAUCAAGAUUGACUAUGACGGAUGGGCUAAAGUUCUUGAAAUUUCUGUAGCAUAUGCAGGACAACCUUUAGUGAACUUUCUAAGCCAAGAAAUCAUCAUGCAAGAAAUAGUUCCACAUAAUGCUUAUGUUGGAUUUUCAGCUUCCACUGCUUAUUUCUCAGAGUUACAUCAAGUUCUUAACUGGAAUUUCACAUUGUAUGAAUUACCAGAAAGAUCUCUAAAGUAUGGCCUUGAUCCAGAAAAGGAAAAGAUAGCUCUACUGGUUGCUAUUCCUGUGGUGGUUGUCUUGUUAGCUGUGGCUGUAUCGUUUCUCAUUUCAGCUCGUAAGGAUAGAAAAGAAAGACUUCAGAGGAAAGAGGACAUCGAAAUGCUAACAAGAACUGCAGCCAAUGCUCCACAGAUUUUUACUUAUAGGAGACUUUCCAAUGCUACUAAAAACUUCAGCAAAGAUAAAAUAUUGGGAACUGGAGGCUUUGGAAGUGUUUACAAAGGGGUGUUUUCUGAUCCUCCUACAACUAUAGCUGUUAAACGAAUCAACGCAACAUCUAACCAAGGUGAGAAGGAAUAUUUGGCUGAAAUAUGUACAAUUGGGCGCCUAAGGCACAAAAACUUGGUGCAGUUACAAGGUUGGUGCCAUGAUCGCGAGCAACUCCUAUUAGUCUAUGAAUACAUGCCUAAUGGAAGUCUUGAUAAAUACAUUGGCAAAAUCUUUCUUGAUUGGGAUACCAGAUUCAAGAUUUUAUCAGGAUUGGCAUCAGCACUAGUGUAUCUUCAUGAAGAAUGUGGGAAUCCUAUAGUACACCGAGAUGUUAAACCAAACAAUGUGAUGUUAGACGCCGAGUAUAAUGCUCAUUUGGGUGAUUUUGGGCUAGCAAGAUUACUCCAAAAUGAGAACUUUGUUACAACAAUGGUGGCUGGCACUCCAGGAUACCUAGCCCCGGAAGUUAGCUACACAGGAAGGGUUACCCCGGAAUCUGAUGUCUAUAGCUUUGGAAUGGUUGUUUUAGAAGUGGUUUGUGGACGACGAUCAAAAGGGAUCAUGGAAGAAAAUAGCUUGGUGGAAUGUGUAUGGAGUUCAUAUGAGAAAGGUGCAUUAUUGGAAUGUAUGGACCAAAAACUUGAAGGAAAUUUUGAUAAUGCAGAAGCUAUGAGGUGUUUGAUCACUGGAUUAGCAUGUUUACACCCCGACAGAAUUCUCCGGCCUAAAAUGAGAAAAGUGGUGCAAGUGUUCAUGAAUCCUGAUGAGCCAUUGAUGAAAUUGCCCGAGUCUCGGCCUAGUGUUGUUUGUGUUUCAUGGCAUUCUUCUCCGUGUUCAACAAUGACAAUAACAACAACUACAACAACAGAUUAUACCCCUGUUGCAGUUAACAUGGAGAUCAUUCCUGAUGAGGUCACAGUCUCAUAUGAAUAUGCUUAUGAAACAAAGAAAUAUUAAACAGUAAAGACAUGGAAUUGAAGUACUUCUAGGACACUCAUGUAGAUUGAGUCGUGAAAAUAUUUUCUAUAUAUAUUAGGGCGAUGUAGAUAAUAAAUUUGCAUCGAGAAAAUAAUCCAGAUCGAAAGAUAUUGCAACAAUCGUAAUAUUUGAUUUCAAAUAAUAUGAGUGUACAAUCUCUAUG